CACACACACACACUCUUUCUUCCCUCACACACAUAUCCCUGCACUCUCUCCCUCUGCUCAGUGUCCUCUCACUGGAUGCAUGAAUCUCAGGCGGUGAUUUCAGCCACUUGAUUUAUUAGUCAUUGCCGGUUGUUGGAACAAGCUAAUUAAGAGGAGACUGAGUGUGUGGACCGAUGGAGACAGAAUCACUGCUGCUGUCGCCUCUUUGACCGUUCUCUCACGCUUCACUUUGGACCAGGAGGAGGCUAAGGAGAGGAGGGGAAAGGAACGAGGGAGCUGGGUGGACAGACAAUUUCAUUCCAAUUUACCAUCAUUUGUUCUGCCAUGGCCAGCAAGUAGGAAUCUGGUGCCGUGGCAAGUAGGAAUCUGGUGCCGUGGCAAGCGACAGCUUGGCUGCAGAGUAUCCAAGGGUAAGGAGACACGAAUCUGGGCUGCUUCAAAGUACCAGAAAGAAGGAUGGCAGUGGAAGAAAAGUCCAAUGUGAAGAACAGCAGCUCCAUCGUUCCCUGCUUCCUGUUUGUGGAGCUGGUGAUCAUGGCUGGGACGGUGCUGCUGGCUUACUACUUCGAGUACACGGACACCUUCCCCGUCCACAUCCAGGGCUUCUUCUGCUAUGACAAGAGCUUCUCUAAGCCCUACCCCGGUCCGGACAACACCAGCAAGAUCCCCCCAGUGCUCAUCUACUCAAUUGUCACGGCCAUCCCUACCCUCACGAUUCUUUUUGGAGAACUGUGCGCUUUCUUCAUCAAGGCAGAGGGAACCCAGGAGAAGACCAUYGUCACUGCAGACUGCUGCUACUUCAACCCCUUACUCAGACGCAUUGUACGCUUCUUAGGUGUGUAUGCCUUCGGUUUGUUCACCACCACCAUUUUUGCCAAUGCCGGCCAGGUGGUGACAGGGAACCAGACGCCUCACUUCUUGUCCGCAUGCCGGCCAAACUACACAGCAUUAGGCUGCCAGUCAACCAUGCAGUACAUCACAGAGCGCCGGGCGUGCACAGGCAACCCACUGAUUGUGAUGUCUGCACGUAAAUCCUUCCCAUCUAAGGAUGCGGCGCUCAGCGUGUACUCCGCACUCUACACAGUGAUGUAUGUGACAUUGGUGUUCAAGACCAAAGGUACACGGCUCACCAAGCCCACCAUCAGCCUUACCCUGCUCUGCCUGGCCAUGCUUGUGGGAGUAGUGAGGGUGGCCGAGUACCGAAACCACUGGGCUGACGUGCUGGCCGGGUUCUUCACAGGAGGAGCCAUUGCUGUGUUCUUGGUGACUUGUGUGAUCAACAACUUCCAGCAGUUUCAAUCCAGCCCACCUCCACAGAGACCCCAACACCCUGAGUCAGUGCUGGGCAUGCCCAUGGUGGCGCUGCCAUGUGUGGAGAGUCCACUCGAAAAGUUAAGUGGCACUCAGACUCCGUGGAGAUCUCCGCGUUCUGAGAUCACAUGACCAUCAGCCCUAUCGGUUCCCCGCCACCCCCGAUGUCCUCAUACCGUCUCGCUCCAUUUCCAGCGAAGUCUAGACCAGCCAGAACAGCCGUCGCCCCGCUGCGCCACCCAUACGUCAGGGCGGCACGCCAGGCUGCACCGCUCCUAUUCUACGCAGGUCUAGAAAUACAGCACAACACCCUGCUGCCCUCCCAAACCCCGGGGAACCGAUAGGAAACUAACCGAAGACUUUUUAUUUACUGGACACCCAGUAAAUACUAUGAACAUUCAAUACAGAGUCAGGAACAUUAAUUUAGUGUUUGACUUUUACUUCUUUUGUACGAAACCAAUCACACGAAGCUCACUUUUACCUUUUUUUUUUUGCGGUGAACUCUGCAAAGAAAUCUACAUCAAACUUUGGCAUCCAGAAACUGUCCUUUUUAGGUAUGAACGAGUUUAAAUUUGAUUGCAAGAGGCAGGUGCUGACUCAUCAAAGUGACUCUGAACUCCCGAGACACAGCUUCGAGGCGCAGGGAGGCUGCCAUGUUGGACCAAAGAAAUCUGCUGCAGGAAACAUGAGCUGCAGAGAUUUUUCCAGACAAACAUCCCUUAAGCAAGCCAUACACACAAAAACACACACACUCACACACAUAGAAACAGGCAUUUUGUUUUUAUUUCCUGUCUGCACUUUCUAUCAUUUCUUCUACACACACUAGGGUGACCAGGUCCAGCAAACUGAGGGACAGAGUGUGUUUUCAUGGGUCAAUAUGGGACAUGUUUAGUGCUAAAAGGUAGUUACCACUUUGAUGUUUAACAAAAAAAACAUAAACUUUCUCAACAGACCACACAGUAUAAAUUAAACUAUUAUUGUAAAAAAAUA